CGCUGUGCUGUUGUCCAUGCGCCACUGGGCGAGUCUCGGCUGUCUCAGUAACCCUCUUUUAUCCUCAAAAAAGGAGAGCGAAAGAGGGCAGACUCACAGUUGGGUUCGGGCGGAGGAACCGCCAUUAAUGGGAGGUUUGGACAACCACACACCCUCACGCACUAAAAUAUCUUAACAUUUAAAGACAUGCGUCGUCCAGAUUGCUCGUGAUUUGGUUACGAUAAACUGGAUGUUGUGUCUCACUGUAAAGACAUCGCUGCGUGCUGUGUGCACACGGUGAAAUCAGCAUUUUAUGGACCACAACAAAGGGUAUUAUAAUUGAUCAAAUCCAGCGUGCUUAGGCCGAGAUUAAAACAAGCCCUUUUCUGCAUGGAAACGAUUGGCCUCCAAGAAAGGACAUUUCUUUGUUUGGAAUGGAUAUGUUUAACGUUAGCCGUCGGUGGAUUUUCACAGCCGUUUCUAUGCGAACACGAGAUCAGUAAGUUGCGCCUGACAAAAAUAUCCCUUGGAAACUGCAAGUCUGUCAAGCCACAAUCAAACAGUCCCCACGGAAUUUAAUGUCCUCGCCUUUUUACGUAGUCUUUUGUUUUCCUUUCUUUCUGGUUUCCAACAACAUUGACCAAGCCGGUUUUAAGCCCUUUCGCUCUGGCCUGGACGAGGGAAGAGGGCUUGAGAAGUGAAAGGGAGGACGGAGAAAGGCACUGGCUAGCCCCAAUUCCUGCUUCUGCCUUCAUGUCUCCUCUCUUAACUCUGAUUAGUACCCUCUAAUAUGGGCAGAACAUACAAGCAGUUUUCUUGACCUGAAAGUAUGAUUGAAACAACAGAAGUAAAACCUCAAUUGUAAAUCAAAUACGGUCCCCUGACAUCAAUAUUUUAUGGACACAUUUUAAAGAGUCUGCCUCCGUCAACCUUUGGGGCAUGGCAAGAUGAAUGCCUGUGUACGAUGAUGAUGGCUAAAAAGCAAGAAUCCCGAAUGCCUAUCUACAACCUCGUUGUUGUUGGCCUGUCGGGAACUGAGAAAGAGAAAGGGCAAUGUGGAGUUGGUAAAUCAUGCCUUUGUAACCGCUUUGUCCGUCCUAGUGCAGACGACUUCCAUCUUGAUCACACUUCUGUGCUAAGUACCAGUGACUUUGGUGGCCGGGUUGUCAACAAUGACCAUUUCCUGUUCUGGGGAGAUGUGGGGAGAGUUUUGGAAGAUGGUGCAGACUGCAGGAUGCAUGUGGUUGAGCAGACCGAAUUCAUUGAUGACCAGACAUUCCAGCCUCAUCGCAGCACAGCCUUACAGCCCUACAUCAAAAGAGCUGCCUCCACCAAACUGGCUUCUGCUGAAAAACUCAUGUACUUUUGCACUGAUCAGUUGGGACUUGAGCAAGACUUUGAACAAAAGCAAAUGCCCGAAGGCAAAUUGCAGGUGGAUGGCUUUCUGCUCUGUGUUGAUGUCAGUCGUGGUAUGAACCGCAACUUUGAUGAUCAAAUGAAAUUUGUCACCAACUUGUACAAUCACUUAAGCAAGACAAAAAAGCCUAUUGUGCUAGUUCUCACUAAGUGUGAUGAGGGAGUGGAGCGAUACAUCAAGGACUCUCAUACCUUUGCCAUUACAAAAAAGAACUUGCAGGUUGUUGAGACGUCGGCACGGUCCAACGUCAAUGUUGACUUGGCUUUCCUUACCAUGAUACAGCUCAUUGAUAAGGGAAGAGGUAAGCCCAAGAUCAUACCUUACUUUGAGGCAUUGAAACACCAGAGUCAACUAAUUGCUUCUGCAAAAGACCGCUAUGAGUGGUUGGUAAACCACAUUGUGAAGAAUCACAAUGAAACAUGGCCCAACAUUAGCCGACGAAUGCAGACUUCUCCUGAAUACAAGGAGUAUGUAUUUUUAGAAGGUACAUGUAAGGCUAAGAAGCUAUUUCAACAGCAUAUUCACCGGCUAAAACAGGAACACAUUGAAAGGCGUCGUAAAGCAUACUUGAGCGCUCUUCCUCUUGCCUUGAGUAGCUUAGUUUCUGAGUUGGAUGAAAUUGAGCAUUUGAGCUGGUCUGGGGUCCAGAAGGUCCUUGAAUCUAAAAAAGACUUUGAUCAUUGGUUUGUGGUACUGGAUGAUGCACCAUGGGAGGACACGCCACAUCUUGACAAUAUGGAGGAUGAACGUAUCCCUUUUGAUGUUCUAGACACCACAGCUGCUGAAAUAAUCUUUGAUGCACACCUUGAACACUUGCGCAAUGAAUGCAAGCGAGCCCAGAUUCGUCAUGAGUUCAAAGCAAAAUUAGCAUCUUCACCUUUUGUUACACCUGGCAAACCUUGGGAGGAGGCAAGAAGCUUCAUCAUGAAUGAAGACUUCUACCAGUGGCUCGAGGAGCCAGAAUAUUUGGACAUUUAUAACCGGCACCAAAAAGCAAUCAUAGACAGUGCAAAAGAGGAUUUUCAGGAGCUUCUGCUGGAGUACUCUGAGCUCUUCUAUGAACUUGAGGUAGAUGCCAAACCUAGUAAAGAGAAGAUGGGAGCAAUUCAAGAUGUGUUAGGUGAAGAACAACGCUUCAAGGCCCUUCAGAAGUUACAAGCUGAAAGGGAUGCUUUAGUGCUGAAACACAUCCAUUUUGUGUAUCACCCUACAAAGGAAACAUGUCCGAACUGUCCACACUGUGUUGACAACAAAAUUGAGCAAAUACUAGCUUCAUGCUUCCCUUCACAAUACCCUUCUUUUGGAAAGUCCAAUAUUUUUGAUGGAAAGGUAGAAAGGAUCAAUCUGGUUAUACUGGGCAAGGAUGGUCUUGCUAGAGAAUUAGCCAAUGAGAUUAGGGCAUUGUGUACCAAUGAUGAUCAUUAUAUGCUUGAAGGUAGAAUGUAUGAACUUGUCCUUCGGCCAAUUGAGGGUAAUGUUAGACUUCCUGUUAAUUCAUUUAAUACAUCUACAUUUACUCCCCACGGAUGCCUGUGUUUGUACAAUUCUAAAGAGUCCUUGUCAUAUGUUGUAGAAAGUAUUGAGAAGUUGCGAGAGUCCACGUUUGGCAGAAGGGACAACCAUAUGGCUCAGCUUCCCCUGUCACUCUUAUUAGUAACCAAAAGAGGUGUUGGAGGACUGGGUGACAUUGGCGGUGAGACUGCUCAAGCAUUAAUCUCACAAGGUCAGCAGGUAGCUAUAAAACUGCAGUGUAACUACCUGGAACCUGCCUCCCCUGGCACUGGCUAUGGGCGAAAUGUGAAUGAAAAGCAGAUCAAUCAGGUCUUGAAGGUUCUUCUUGAAACAAGGAGAACUUCUACAUUUAAUAGCUGUUCUCCACCUGCACCUCCGCUGCCCCCAUGUAUUCGAGAGUUACAGCAGGAUCAGAGUCCGGAGGCUGAAUUGCGUAUUGUCAUGUGCCUAAUGUGUGGAGACUCCUAUGACAUUGAUCAACUUCUUGCACCAUUCCUGCUUCCACAGCAUUGCAAGCCAACCUCUCCUCAGACAAGUGGCACUUCGGUGCUGCUAGAAAAAAUAAUUGGUGGUCACAAGCAUACAAUUGAACUGUCUCUAAUGUCAUACCAUGCUUCUUUUUCCACUCGUAAGAGUCGGCUGGUGCAUGGCUACAUCGCUGUAUACUCUGCUAGCCGCAAUGCUUCUUUUGAAACCCUGUGUGCCUUUUUAUGUGAGGUUCAAGACAUUGUCCCUGUUCAGCUGCUUGCAGUGGGGGAAACUCGGACUGAGCUUCUGGACUCUGAGUCUGCUCAUGGGUUGUUAGUCCAAGGUGAAGAACUGGCCCGUGAACUUGAAGGACGGUUUUGCAGUAUUUUCUGUGGCCCUGGAGGAGUUGUUGGAGGACUACACAAACUAGACCUGUUGGAACAAUUUUUCACAGAGGUAUUAGAAAAGAGGACUAUUGUUGAGGCCAGUCAUAUGUAUGAAAAUGUUGCAGAAGCCAGUAGCACAAAUGAGAAUGUGUAUUCACCACACUGUGGCUCCCCAAGCCCUGUCACAAUGCUGUUAGAUUCUGAGGAAGACAUGGAAGCUUCCCCGCCUUACCAUGAUGGAACACUCACCUCACAUAGUGGAUUUAAAAUGCCUGACCUGGACUCAGGUGACACAUUCUCUGUGAUCUCUGACCUUAGCACCUUUGAGAGCAAGCUAAAUAAUAAAGUUCCUCCUCAAGUAAGACCCAAACCUAGUGUCACAUUUGACCUUAGAAAACCAAAUUUUAAUCCGUAUGUGGAUACAGUCAAUCAUCGGCGUUCCCUUACAUCCAAUGUGACGUGGCCUCUAGGAGGAGAUUAUGAUCCUUCGGACUAUGCUGAGCCAAUGGAUGCUGUCUCUAAACCACGCCCCAGCUAUGAGGAUAGCAUAUAUUCUGUGCCACAUGACAGCACACAGGGCAAAAUUAUUACCAUCCGCAAUUCCAAUCGGAUCCACUCUAAUGGAGGAGGCAAUGGUUCAGACAGUGAAGGGGAUGGCAGCUCAUUAGAGAGACGUCGCAAGUUCUCGGCAGCAAGGGUGAAGCCACGGCUGUACCGUGAUCGUUCCAAACGUCUGGGAAAGUUCAGCAGUUUCCGCAGUAGUUUUUCCAUAGGUAGUGAUGAUGAGAUUGGCACACUCUCAAGGUCAAAAGAUGACGAUGUGUCAGGGCUGAAGGCAGAGAUACUCAGUGAAGGAGAAGAUCCUAAAAAGAGGAACAUACUAAAAAGUCUUCGCCGACCAGGCAAAAAAACAAGACCAAAGCCUCGUCAUUCUAUCUCUAAGCCUUUGGAAAGUAACUACUUUGCAGUGCCUCUGGUGAAUGUUGUUUCCCUUGAACGACCUAUUCCUGUUUUCAUUGACAAGUGUAUUCGUUAUAUUGAAGCCACAGGUUUGACAACAGAGGGUAUCUACAGGGUAAGUGGGAAUAAGGCGGAGAUAGAGAGCAUACAGAGACAGUUUGAACAGGACCACAAUUUGGACCUUGUAGAGAAGGACUUCACCGUGAACACAGUUGCGGGAGCAAUGAAAAGUUUCUUCUCUGAGCUGCCUGAGCCUCUGGUUCCUUACAGCUUACAGGAGGAGCUGGUGGAAGCUUUCAAAAUUAAUGAUGGAGAACAGAGGCUUCACACAAUGAAGGAUGUGUUAAGACGAUUUCCCAGGGAAAAUUUUGAUGUCUUCAAAUAUGUAAUGAGCCAUCUAAACAAAGUUAGUCAGUGGAACAGAGUCAACUUAAUGACCAGCGAGAAUCUCUCCAUCUGUUUCUGGCCAACACUGAUGCGACCAGACUUCACCUCAAUGGAUGCCCUGACAGCCACGCGCACCUACCAGACAAUCAUCGAGACAUUCAUCCAUCAGUGUGCUUUCUUCUUUUACAACCAGCCUCCUGCUGAAUCACCCACUGGCCCUUUUGGACCCCCUGGGCCACUUGUGCCCUCCGGAUUGCCCCCAUCCCCCACAGCCAGCCCUUAUUACCCCCCGACCCCACAUUUCACCCCACUUCUGCAGUCCCCGCCACAUUCUCCUCCCCAGAGUGCACACACGGCCCCUACAGAACCACUGUGAGAUGGGAAAAUCAUGUGGCCCAUUAUUUAGUGAAAUAUACACACAAACGCUUGCACACACAUAUUGCAAUGCAUGCUUACACAUCUACAUACAUGCUCUGCACAAACAGUUAAAUGCCUCUAAAACAUGUAGAUUGUUCAGGUCAAUGUUGUAUGUGAAAAAAAAAAUGACCUGAGCUCUCAGUACUCACAUCAUGGAUCCUCCGUCCUGCUCCUGGAAAUCCACCUUCCUGCAGAAUUUAGUUCCAACCUGUUCUAACACAUCAAUCAUUUUUAAUGUUCCACAAAACCUUGACUAUCUGGUUCAGCUGUGUGUAUCUAAACUCUUUAUAGGACUGAGCACCCUAAUCUACAGUUAUUAACACAUAUCACUAAAAAAAAUAAGGUCUGUGCGCUUAUGAACUCUUGAAAAUUCUUUUUAAAGUGUGUAACCAACAAAGACUGCUAUCACCAUGUCAGCGCAGCCCUUCGUGUAGUUUAUUACAGUAGGGGGUGGUGUUAUAAUAGAGAGAGAAUACAGAUGUUCUAACCACGAAAGAUACAAAUGGUUUUACAAAAUUUUUCCUGUUUUUUUUUUCUUUCAUUAGAAGGCAGUUAUAUUUCAUUUUACGAGAGUACCUGCUCGCUCUCUCUCUCUCUCUCUUUACGUCUCUAAAUGGAUCUGUGGUACAGAGGAUGCUAUAGUCAUGAAAACCAUGAAGCACUUACUGCUGUUCAGCCUUUCAUCUUAAAAUCAUUUUGGGAGAAAAAUAGAAUUAACUUCACUUUUCUCUUUCUGUCUCUGUUUUAAUCUUAAUUUCAAGAUGAAUUAAUUCACUUUACCUGCAACCAUAUUCACCACUUUGCCUGGUUGUUGUGUUUUCUUUCUACCCCAUUUCUUUUUAAGUUAUAAGAACUUUAAAUGUUUUUGUUCCUUGUUUUAAAGACUUUAAGCUCUGACACCUGAUUGGCUAGAAGGUGAUGUUGAUGAGGAUUUGCUUUGCUGAGUGUCUCCUGUGGAUCUUUGCUCAUAAAUUCACCUAAUGGGAGCAUACGUGCCCUUUCUUUGAAGGCUGGGAUUUAAAUGGCAGCGGCAUCAUGUGGUUUUAGGGAAUGCACUUCCAGCUAGCACUGGUGUGGGGCUCAGGAUCACUGAGACUGCAGAUUUACUCUGACCCUUAAACCUUAGACUCUGAAUCAGCAACUCAAAACCCUCGCACCUUAAGUUUGGACUCAAGUUUAAAAAAGAAAAUACAUGUUGAAGGCCUUUUACUGAUGCCCACUUUGACUGUUUUACGAACUCCAUUGUUUUUACUUUAUUAUAAUCUAAAGCACUUUUUUGUCUUUUUUUAUAUAGACCUGUAUUGUGAACUGCAACACUGAAUAAUGAUUGGUUCCCAUUUUUGCCGUCAGGUUUAAAAGAUCAAUGGACCUUUUCAAGGUGAAUGUAGAGAGGUCACACAGAUUAAGCCUAAUCCUGGCCUCCAGUUCACCCUUGAUGAUUCUACAUUCAUUAGUAUAUCUUUUUGUCCUCUACUAGUAUGUUUUUGGACCUCUUGUACAGCCUGAAUUUUGACUAACAUGGACCUUAAAUCACCUUUUUUUAUUAUUAUUUUCUCCCUGUGACUGGAUUGGAAUGACGCGAUUUGCCUCUUCUGCUUCUGCCAUCUCCAUGUUCUGUCCAAACUCUUCUGGACAAAUCCAUGAUGUACAAAGAUACAAUGAUUUAUUGAAUGUGUAGAUUGUAUGUAUAUUACCUUAUUUUUUCUCUUAAACCACGAAGCUUCUGAUGUGAAGGAAAUUAUUCCUAAAUGUAUUUUGCUUGAAAUGCCACUUCCUAUUUCUAUCCAGCCAAGGUAGAAAAGCUGAAGUACCAAAGUAGUGCAAUGUGGCUGAUGAGGGUUCAACACCAGUUGUAAAUAUUCUGAUGAUGGGUUGGGGAUGAGUAGGUCAGAUUCAACUCAAAUACUGGACAAAUAUGGCAAAUCUUUAAUUAGACAA